UUAAAAGCCAAAUUGGCUAAAAAAGAACUAACCUCGUGCUGCGAUGAUGAGGUGACAAUCCCUUUCCUGAAUAUCAGCUCUCUCUGUUAGUAUAUUUCAGUUGAUGGCCCGCCGGUUGAAGAAGAGAGAGAGAGACUUAUAGAGCUGUAGUUGAGAUUUCGGUAGCUGCACCAUCCCUCCCGUCCUCGUUGAAGACGCCACCAACCCAACCCAGCCCAGCCGCUCUUUGCUCUUCGGUUGAUUUACUCCGGUUAUAGCUGCUUUUGAGAUUUUUUCAUCGUCCCCUGCUUAAGUUACUUUCUCUUCAGCUUCUUCAUAUGGAUGCGGAUGCUGCAAAAACAGCCCGGGAGUCUCUGGACCUAGCAUUUCAGAUGUCCAACAUUCUUGACACAGGGCUUGAUCGUCACACCCUCUCCAUCCUUAUUGCACUCUGUGAUUUGGGUCUCAACCCUGAGGCAUUGGCUGCUGUUGUCAAGGAGCUCCGAAAUGACCUCGGCCCACUUACACCACAGGAUUCUGCUCGUCAUGUUCCGUGAACAGGACCUUUUGGCUGAGAAACUAAUAUGCUUCUUUGGAGGAAUGAUAUACACGUCACUGAGUCUCUGUGUGUUCCUUUUGGGUUCUCCCAUACAACUGAUGGAUGGGUGUUGUACGUUCAUGCAAUUUUCCUGCUUUGGUUUGUGUGCGAGAGUGAACUUUGUAAAUUGCAGUCUUAUGAACAGAGAGAAUUUGAUGUCUAGUUCAAGGUUGUAGUUUUUGAAAAUUUAGUGUUUCACUGGUAGCUCCUUUGUCUUUGACUCGUAUCAAACAGAUUUGUACCUUAUGAUUCAUGUGUGAUGGUGCAAGGCGAAAGCGUUGAAGAAUCCUGAGAGAAAAUAUUGCAAAAGAUUUGGAACAAAACAAUCCUCCCUUUUUAUGCUAUUUGAUCUCCA